AUGGAGCCUCUGUUCCCGGUGGCCUCCACCUUCAGGCUGGCCAGCUGGAAUGCCUCCCCAGUGGUCCCUGGGGGCGUUGAGAAUGGAACACUGGCUGGGCCAUUGGGCUCACCGGGGGCCCGGGCAGUCCUCAUCCCUGUGCUCUACCUGCUGGUGUGUGCCAUAGGUCUGGGCGGCAACACACUGGUCAUUUAUGUGGUGCUGCGCUACGCCAAGAUGAAGACCGUCACCAACAUCUACAUCCUCAACCUGGCAGUGGCUGAUGUCCUCUUCAUGCUGGGGCUGCCCUUCCUGGCCACACAGAAUGCUGUGUCCUACUGGCCCUUUGGCUCACUGCUGUGCCGUGUGGUCAUGACACUGGAUGGCAUCAACCAGUUCACCAGCAUCUUCUGUCUGACCGUCAUGAGCGUUGACCGUUACCUAGCCGUGGUACACCCCAUACGCUCCACCAAGUGGCGCCAGCCACGCGUGGCCAAGCUCACCAGCGCUGCUGUCUGGACCUUCUCGCUGCUCAUGUCACUGCCCCUGGUGGUCUUUGCUGACAUCCAGGAGGGCUGGGACACCUGCAACCUCAGCUGGCCGGAGCCUGUGGGGCUCUGGGGUGCUGUCUUCAUCAUCUACACCUCUGUGCUGGGCUUCUUUGGACCGCUGCUGGUCAUCUGCUUGUGCUACUUGCUCAUCGUGGUCAAGGUGAGGGCAAUGGGCGUGCGUGUAGGCUGCACGCGGCGGCGUAGGGCAGAGCGCAAGGUAACUCGCAUGGUGGUGGUGGUGGUGUUGGUGUUCGUGGGCUGCUGGCUGCCCUUCUUCAUCGUCAACAUCAUCAACCUGGCCUUCAUCCUGCCUGAGGAGCCUGCCUCCGCUGGUGUCUACUUCUUCGUGGUCAUCCUCUCCUACGCCAACAGCUGUGCCAACCCCAUCCUGUACGGAUUCCUCUCUGACAACUUCCGGCAGAGCUUCCGGAAGGUUCUGUGCCUCCGAAAGGGCUAUGGUGUGGAGGAUGCAGACAUCGCUGAGCCAAGGCUGGACAAGAGCAGCCAGCUGCGGGAGGCAUCGAUGCCCAGGCCUGGCCCCCAGGCCGACAGGCACAUGCAGACCAGCACACUGUGA